UCUAGUAAAAAAUUUUAAACUAAAAAUUAUACAUCUCGAAAGUUUAGUUUUCGUUCGGCAUUCGUUUGAAUAACACACAUAAACCACUUCAAUUGUGGAUCAUAAAUAUACAGCAGUUUGUUAAGAAAACAGGGCAAUGGAUGUGGAUUGCAGUGGAUCCCGUCGAACUAUCCGGCGAACCUUAAUUAAAUGCUGCGAGCAACUACUCGACAUAGUCCUAGCCAUGACCUAUGGAGGUAGUCAGUUUUUGCGACGUCUAUGGGGGCUUAAUGGUCGAGAACUUCCUCAAAAUGAUCCUAAAGAAAAUGGUGAUGGUUGGAUGUUUAUAAAUCAACAUAAUCAACGCCAUAAUUCCAAUUUGAGUGCCCAAAAGGAGGUGUUGGAAUCAAGGAGUUCAGGUGCCGAUGGUGAUUUUCUUGGAAUCGAGGGAAAAUCCGAAACUCGGCCACUGGAACUAGUUAGCGUGGUUUGCGGAUUUGCCAAGGACUCAAUAAUAAAUCGGCGUGGAAAAUUCGGUGAGGAUGCCUGGUUUAUGUCUUCCAAUUCGGAAGCAUACACUAUGGGCGUGGCCGAUGGCGUUGGCGGUUGGCGAAAUUAUGGCGUUGAUCCUGGUAAAUUUAGCAUGUUCCUUAUGCGAUCCUGUGAAAGAUUGUCGUGUUUAAAGGAUUUUGAGCCGGAAAGACCGCACUUACUGCUAGAACGAGCCUAUUGUGAUCUUCUGAAGCAAGAGUCUCCCAUUGUGGGCAGCUGUACUGCCUGUGUUUUGACUUUUAAUAGAAGGAACAGUACCCUGUAUACUGCUAAUAUAGGUGAUAGUGGUUUUCUGGUGGUGCGAUCCGGCUCUGUAGUUUGUCGAUCCCAGGAACAGCAGCACUGCUUCAAUACCCCCUAUCAAUUGGCCUCGCCACCGCCUGGUCAUGACGUUAACGUAAUAUCCGAUGGUCCAGAUACUGUGGAUAGAAUCCAAUUCCCAAUGGAACUGGGCGACGUUAUCCUUUUGGCCACCGAUGGUUUAUAUGAUAAUGUACCGGAAAGUUUUCUCAUCGAGGUCCUUACGGAAAUGUCCGGCAUUUCGGAUCCUGUUCGUCUUCAAAUGUUCGCCAAUGCGCUGGCCUUCAUGGCUCGAAUUUUAAGUCUGAAUCCUAAGCACGAUUCUCCAUUUAGCCAGAAUGCCCGAAAAAUGAAUAUCGAGUUAUCGGGCGGAAAACCGGAUGACAUUACUGUCCUGUUAGCUACUAUUGUUUAGUGGACUCAAUACCCAACACCGGAGAAAAUGGAAUGAAGAUUUUGAGGAAUUAUAGAGAUAAGCAAAUGAACAGCCCAUUUCUUGCAGACUUUACUGACAAAUGUUUAAGACAACCACAAUCCCAAUCAUUUGCUAGUAACGCUGUUUGGAGAAGUUGGGCUUUAGCAUCCAAAAAGAAUCAGUUCUUAUUUUAUCCCUUGAUUCUACGCCAUUUCCUUCAGUCUGUCAUCCAAGCCAAUAAUACUGCUCUUGGUUUUUAACUUUUAUUCGAAGACAUUGCAAUGUAUAUACAAAAAUCAGAUAUCUAAAUUGUUUAAAGUGUAAUAAAAUCUUGGCUUAACUAAAUACUAUGGCUUUUAUGUGAAAAUUUUGAAUUCAUCAGGAAUCAGGCAUUUAACCAAUACAUAACUUGACAAAUAUUAAUCGGUUCCAAAUACAAACAUUCUUAUAAUAUAUUAUAUAAUGGUUAUAUUUUAUGUUGAACCUUUUAAUAGUCUCUUCCUUAUAGUAUCACUGCUUUUACAUAUUGUUUUUCUCUCAAAGAAACCCCGCUAAGUGUUCAAUAAACCAUGAACAAGUUGGGGAACAAAAAUCUGUGGAAAAUGUCAAGUGAGUGUCGUGGCCCUAAUAAACUUAAUAAAAUUCUUCCAUCUACGUGCACUCCUUGCACCGAAGUUCUUUGCUCCCUUUUUUCUCUCUGGUCCUGCCAAUGUGUGUCGUGACAUACGAUAUUUGAGUUUCGAGUUUAACUUUUACACCCGUUUCUUGUAGAGUGAAAGGGUAUAUUGUGUACGUUGAAAAGUAUGUAACAGGUAGAAAAGAAGCGUUUCUCCGACCCUGUAAGGUAUAUAUAUUCUUAAUCAGGAUCAAUAAGUCAAGUCGUUUAAGUCAUGUCCGUCCGUAUGUCCUUAUGAACGCUGAGAUCUCAGCAACUACAAUAUAUACACGAUUGGCAAUAAGCAUGCAGUUUCUUGAGGUACCUACGCUGUUUAUUUCAGCAGCAUGCCACGC